AUGGAGAGGCUGAAACGUAAUCGCUUCGGCAAACCGUUAUUCGCCGACGAUUCGGAGGCUCGGGUUUCUGAGGAAAUUGUUAUACAGACCAAGUUUAGCUUGCCCGCUCGCCGCUUAUCGCUUGCGCGGCGUAUCGGCCGAGCGGAAAGGAGGAAGGAAGUGCGCAAGGGACAAUCGGAACCCAAGAUAGUUGUCCUAUGCGUACGACAGAGUAGCGUU